CAACUGUGUGUAAAGGACAAGGAGGCGUGUGUGGCAGACAGCACCACACUAUCACUGUGUGCGACUGAAAACUAUCCGAGCUUGUGUUGGUGGUCAGGAAAACAGCAGCCGUGCCCCGCCGCGCCCCCACCCCCAGCGGAGCCGUCAUGUGGCAGGAGGCCCGCAAACAUGAGCGCAAGCUUCGUGGGAUGAUGGUUGACUACAAGCGCCGAGGAGAGCGCCGGCGAGAAUACUAUGAAAAAAUAAAAAAAGAUCCGGCACAGUUUCUUCAGGUUCAUGGCAGAGCCUACAAGAUCCACCUGGAUCCUGCUGUGGCACUGGCUGCAGAAAGUCCUAUCAACAUGAUGCCAUGGCAAGGAGAUGCCAACAACAUGAUUGACAGAUUUGAUGUGAGGGCUCACUUAGACUACAUCCCAACCUACACUCCUCCACUGCUCAGCACUACAACCCCAGAGCAGGAGAUGGAGGAGAGGAAGUGCAAUUAUGAACGCUACAGAGGUUUAGUGCAGAAUGACUUUGCCAACAUCUCAGAGGAGCAGUGUUUAUACCAAAUCUACCUGGAUGAACUCUAUGGUGGCCUGCAGAAACCAAAUGAGGAUGAGAGAAAAAGUAUACUGGCUGAGAAAAAGGCAACUAUUGGUUACACCUAUGAAGACAGCACUGUGACAGAACCGAAACCUCAGUCAGAUAAAGAUGAAGACAAUUCAGAAAACAGUGAAUCUGAGGAGGAUGAGGGCAUUCCAGAUAUUGACGUGGAGGUGGAUGUUGAUGAACUGAAUCAAGAACAAGUGUUGGACCUGAACAAAAUGGCAACCCCAUAUGGAAUGUCUGAAGGAGAUUUUGUCAGAAUGUUGAGGAAAGACAAAGAGGAAGUGGAGGCUAUCAAACAUGCGAAGGCUCUGGAGGCAGAGAAAGCCAUGUACUCUGGCCGACGUUCACGCAGACAAAGGAGAGAGUUCAGAGAGAAGAGACUGAAAGGCAGACAGAUCAGCCCCCCCAGUUAUGCCAGGAGGGACAGCCCAACAUAUGAUCCCUAUAAACGGCCUGAGUCUGAAUCCAGCUCUGAGUCCCGAUCACGAUCUCGGUCUCCAGGACCAGAGAAGAUCACCUUCAUCACCAGCUUUGGAGGCAGUGAUGAUGAAGCGGCAGCAGCAACACAAGCAACAGCUCCUCACUCUGGCCACGCCCCCUCCAACUUGCAGCACCCUGCAGGUCAUAGCAGGGGCUCCCGGAGACGAAGGUCAUCCUCCAGUCGCUCCCCUUCCUCGUCUCGCUCCUCAUCUCGAUCCUCCUCUCGCUCCUCCUCCCGGUCACGGCGCAACAGGCGAGGACGAGGGGGGCGGGAUGGACGACGUUCCCGUUCACGGUCGAGACGGCAUUCCAGAUCUCACUCUCGGGGUAGAGGAGGUAACGGAGGGGGUGGAUCUUGGAGGAGACGUGACCGGACACAAUCUCGAUCCAAUGACCGAGACAGAGAGCGAGACAGGGACAGAGACAGAGAGAGGGACAGGAGACGGUACUCAGCACGCAGAUGGACAAGGUCCCGUUCCAGCUCACGGCAGGGGGGUGCGUCGAGACGAGGGGGUCGGAACAGCAGAGGCCGCAGUCCCUCUCACUCUCCCAGCCGUCCCAACCACAGCCCCUCCCCUCCUCACAGAGGAACCCAGCCCUCUACCAUCACUGUCUCUGACAAGCUAAGAAAGCCUGAUACUCCGGGUGGUAAAGAGACGGGAGCUGCCAAACCCAAGAUGACCCCACAGGAGCGGCUGAAGCUGCGUAUGCAAAAGGCACUCAACAAGCAAUCCAAGGCGGAUAAGAAAGCAGCCCAGGUUAAGAUCCAACAGCAGGAACACAAACGACAGGAACGGGAGGGAGAACUACGAGCCAUGGCACGCAAGAUACGCAUGAAAGAGCGAGAGCGUCGUGAGAAAGAGAGGGACGAAUGGGAAAGACAGUACGGGCGACAAAGCAGCUCGCCUUCUCCUUCCAAAUACGGCCGAGAACACAGCUCACACAGAAGGAGGUCAAGGUCCCGAUCACGGAGUCCGUACUAUCGGUACUGAGCUGGAAGUUGGACUCACUCUAAAAAUCCCUUGUCAUUGGCACACAGAUAUACUCAACCGACUGUAGGUUAACCAUCAGACUAACCUGUACCUUUAAAACGUGUGUUCUCUGAUGCCCCAUGUGCGUACAGAGUAUAGCAUUUUGACUGUGAUACUUUAGUUUCACUUAUUCCACAGCUGAUCGGAUCAGCCAAUUUGGCGUGCCCUUUUCAUUUUUCAUUCAUCUUGUAACGUUAUUUGCUCUAGGUUAUUAAAUGGGAUCCUGGUUUCUUCACUUCUGCAUGCUCUUUUUUUCCGACUUAAACCAGUAAUAUUCAAUAUGAAGUCAAUGUAUGAAACUAAGCAAUAUCUUUAACCUUACAUUUUCCUUUUUUUGUAACACUCAGCAUCCUUUUACUUUUCUCUAACAGUCUCACACAAAAUUCACACCUUGUGAACUGAUGUACAGAAUAUUUCUAAUUAUUUAUGAUAAUACUGUGUAAAAUCAGAUGUAAUCACAACAUCGAGUGAUCAAUUUCUCUUUUUAUACUCUGCCAUCAGCCAAAUGGUCAAUGGAAGCAAAUAACUUUUUUGUUGUCAGCAAAUGUGGAAUGUAAAAUACAAGCAUCCAAUAAAAUGACCUUGAAUUCA